UCCCCGCUCUUCUGCCCCUCGCUGUGAAUGAAAGCAGAUCCUCAGGUAUGCUUUCACCCACAGUUGCUCUCUUUUGGCCGCCAGCAGCAUCCUCCGAGCCAGGGGACCGGAAGCGCCGGAUGUGGGAGACAAUUUAAAGGAAGUUUAAAGGCAGGGAAACGACGAAGCAUCUCGUUAUGGCGACUAUAGGAGACUUCGACCCUCUGAACUCCGCUGUGCCUGCCACCAAAAUCGAAGUGACCGUGUCCUGCAGAAACCUUUUGGACAUGGACACCUUCUCCAAGUCAGAUCCAGUGGUCGUGUUGUACAUUCAAGGUCUGGGUACCAAAGAGUGGAGAGAGUUUGGCCGAACUGAGGUGAUUGAAAACACCCUGAACCCAGACUUUGUGAGGAAGUUUGUUCUUGAUUACUUCUUUGAAGAGAAACAAAACCUUCGCUUUGAUGUGUACAAUGUGGACAUGAGGAGCUGCAAUCUGUCCAAACAUGACUUUCUGGGUCAGAUAUUCUGCACUCUUGGAGAGAUCAUUGGCUCCCCCGGCGGCAGACUGGAAAGGACGCUCUCUGGAAUACCUGGGAAGAAGUGUGGCUCCAUCGUCUUCACAGCCGAGGAGCUCAGCAACUGCCGGGACAUAGCCACCAUGCAGUUCUGUGCCAACAAGCUAGAUAAAAAGGAUUUCUUUGGGAAGUCCGAUCCUUUCCUUGUCUUCUAUCGGAGCAAUGAAGAUGGAACGUUCACAAUUUGUCACAAGACUGAGGUGAUCAAGAACAAUCUGAACCCUGUCUGGCAGUCAUUCACCAUUCCUGUUCGAGCUCUUUGCAACGGUGACUAUGACAGGACAGUGAAGGUGGACGUUUAUGACUGGGACAGAGAUGGGAGUCAUGAUUUCAUCGGAGAGUUUACCACCAGCUACAGGGAACUGUCCAGAGGCCAAAGCCAGUUCAAUGUCUAUGAGGUUUUGAAUCCUAAAAAAAAAGGAAAGAAGAAGAAAUAUGUCAAUUCAGGGACGGUGACUCUCCUGUCUUUUAAAGUGGACUCGGAGCACACAUUUGUCGACUACAUCAGAGGAGGGACACAACUGAAUUUCACGGUGGCAAUAGACUUCACUGCGUCCAAUGGAAAUCCUUCCCAGCCCACUUCUCUGCACUACAUGAGUCCAUACCAGAUGAAUGCGUAUGCCAUGGCCCUGAAGGCUGUGGGGGAGAUCAUUCAGGAUUACGACAGUGACAAGCUCUUCCCUGCAUACGGCUUUGGGGCUAAACUACCUCCAGAUGGCAAGAUCUCCCAUGGCUUCCCACUGAAUUCUAACACAGAGAAUCCGAACUGUGUGGGGAUUGAAGGCGUGCUGGAGGCUUACUUCCACACCCUGCGAACCGUCCAGCUGUACGGCCCGACCAACUUCGCUCCAGUCAUUAACCAGGUGGCUCGGUGCGCCGCAGAAGUGACGGAUGGCUCGCAGUACUUUGUGUUGCUGAUGAUCACAGAUGGCGUCAUCUCAGACAUGGCUCAAACUAAAGAGGCGGUUGUCAAUGCGGCGUCGCUGCCCAUGUCUCUCAUCAUCGUGGGAGUGGGCCCCGCUGAGUUCGACGCGAUGGAGGAGCUGGACGGGGACGAAGUCAGAGUGUCCUCCAGGGGACGAUUCGCCGAGAGGGACAUCGUCCAGUUUGUUCCUUUCCGGGACUACAUCGAUCGGUCGGGUAACCAGGUCCUGAGCAUGGCCCGGCUGGCUAAGGACGUCCUGGCAGAAAUCCCCGAUCAGCUGAUGUCUUACAUGAAGAGCCGGGGGUUUGAAGCACGACCUCCGAGACCCGCCACCUCUGACCCCACCUCUGACCCCAGCAGCGCUGAAACCACAAAGCAGAGCAACGCUCGUCCCUGACUGACGGCAGCAAGCAGUGAAGAGCAGAAGCUAGCUUGAGAAAAUGACUGUGUUUGUGUGCGUGCGUGUGUGUCUGUGUGUGUGUUUGGGUGUGUGUCCCCUUCUGUGUGUAUGUGCAAGUGUGUAAGGUGUGUAACUUCAGGGUUGGUUGGCAUAAACCAAAUCAGUAAACUGAGCCUAAAAGAGAGACGGCGCCUCUUUUCCGUUUUCUACAACUAUAUCUGAGGUAUCAGGGUAGGAGGUCGGAGGUCAAAACUUUUAUUUCAUCCUUUUUAGUUAGUUUUUUUAAGGUCAGGCUUCUUCAGCACCUACAAAGUGAAGCAUUCUGCCAGCACAUCACACAACUCAAAUAAUUCAUUUUGUUCAGUUAAAUGUCCACCAGACUUCAGGUCCGCAGCUGCUGCUGUCUUUGGUGGCUCCUGCGGAGCCUGAGACACUUCGACCGGUUCUAGCAGAACGUUUGUCCUCGUCUGAUUGUUUCAACGCAGGCCGUUCAAAACGUUUGACACAAGCUAAAAUCAAAGAAGCGAGGAUCGCUUAGAGAAGCGUUCAUAUCACACUGGCCAACAGCCAGAAAAUUGUCUUGGUUUUUUUUAUUGUUUUAGGGUCACUUUGAUGAGCUGAAUCCAGAAAUCACAUUGGUUUUUCUCAAUCAGGUCAACUUUCUGAAGCAUGGAGCAACAUGAGCAUCAAAAUGCAAGACACUGAGAAUCUGGAUCAAUGAGUGAAGAGCAGGAGGAGAGACUCCAUCAGGACAGAAAAGAGACGGAGAAUUUUACACAAUGAAGACGAAAUGUUUGAUUUACAUGUACUUACCCUUAUCACUGUUUAUUGUUCGGUGUACAGAAAUCCUUGUUUGUAACAUUUAAUUAAUAUACUGUGUUAGAAAACAUUUCUUUUUCUCCAAAAAUCUUUUUUGGAUAAGAAAUAUUAACAGAAAUGAACUGAUAAAGUCACAAAAUCAUCACUUUAGUCGGAAGAUUAGAUUUCUCGAAAUUAAACUAGAAUAAAAUCCUGACCUGAUUGAGAAAAAUGGUCGCUUUUGGAUUCAGCCGUGCAAAAUCAUCCUAACUCACAAACACAAACAACUUCCAAAAAAAUAUGUUUUUUUGGAACCCGGUGUCAUUUAUUGAGAAAAUAAAAGCUGGAUAUCGAUCUCGGUCUCCCAAAGAAUAUUAAAUGCUGACAGAACAGGAAACUUUGUAUUCAUCUAGGUAAAUAUGAAAUCUUUUUUUUAUAUAUAUAUAUACCCAAUUUGAAUUACAAAGUAAUAUUUUUAAUAAGACAUUAUUGUUUGUAGCAAGGUGAGUUAUCAAAAAAGAAAACAAUAUAGUGCAGUGGCUGUUUAAAUGCACCCUGUCAUAAUUUCCCAAUCUAACAUACUUUUGUCACUUUGUCACUUAAACUACAAAAAACACAAAAUCUCACCAUGUUUUUUUGUGUAGUUUUUAGUGCAAAUAUCUUAGUCUUCAUGAAAUAAGAAAAAAACACCCUAUAAGUAACUUUUCUAGAAGACGUAGGAGCUCGUUUUAAGUAAAUCAUUAUUUUUGAUGAAAAAGUUCUAGUUCCGUUGGCAGAUUAUAUCACUAAUAACAUGGGAAAAAUGUCUUGUUGUAAGUGAAAUGAUCUGCCAGUGGAACUGGUCAUUUCUUACUUAUGGGAGGUUAUCAAUCAGCAGAUACUUACAUGUGAACCCGGUCUUAUUUAUCUCAGCAGAGGUAUAAAAAUCAAUCGCUCUCCUCUUCUGCUCUGCAGAGAAAGAGGCUUGACUGUUGGCUCCGCCCACCAGGUCAGGUCUGCCUUUACAGUUAGCAAUAUUCACUCUACUGUUGCAGACUCAGCGACUUUCUUGCUAUAUAUAGCAACAUUUCAGACAAAAAAAAAGCAAACAAAAAAAUUGAUAUAGGCCAAAAUUAGAAUUAGCAGGUCAGGCUGUUAUAAUAUCAGUAAUCUGCGAUUUGGCCUGAAAACUGCAAUCAGUGCGAAACUAAACAUAAUAAGUAUAAUCUGAUUAGUCAGUGUGCUAAUCAGAUCAAUAUACUGUCUUUUUUUGAUUAAACACAGUCGGAAUGAAGUUAGCAAGUCAGUUUGUGUGAAAACAAAAAAAUACUCAUUCACUUAAUGAAUUAAUAUACACAUAACCACUUUGUCAAUUGUAGAAACAAACAAACAAACAAAAAACUCAGUCAAAAUUUUCAAAGCACAACAAAACUUUCCACUAUUUGUCCUGCUUUCUUCAUCAGCUGAGUUUGUUGUCAUGGUGUAAUCGUUUCUUUUGAUUUUUCUCUCUCUUCAUUUUUUUAAUCAACCCAGAUCUCACAGGAACAAAUUAUAUGUUUAAUUAUACAACAGCAACCAAGAUUUGCUCCCGCGUGUUUUCACGGACAGGGGUGGCGUGAGGGCCGCGCGUUUUCAGGUCACCGUUUGGAAGUAGAGCGAGUCUAAAUGAAUCCCACACGGACGGGACGGGAGGGGACGGGGCCCUGCAUCCCUCGACCAGAGAGCGAGGGAUGCAGGGCCCCAUCAGAAAGCAGAUUUUAACCCGCCCCCCUUCCCUCUGUCCUGCUGCUCCUCUGUCUAUUCCCGCUGUGGGACGUUAGGGGUAAAUGUUGCAUGAGGCCGACGCCGCCGUCUCGAGCACAUUCCGCUGUUUGGAAAAUGAACGGCCUCCGGUCCAGACCAGAACGCGUCACGUGUAGCGGAGGAUGAGAGGAGAGAUCCAGGCCGCUUUUAUUCACUUUGAUUCUCCACGAAGGAAGAAGAGGGGAUUCAUUGCUUUUUCUCCUCAGCUUUUGUCGGGCGCCAUGAAUUAUUCACGGAAAGUAAGCUGCUGCUCAGAGGGAGUGAAAAGCCUCCGUGUUUUGUUAUGGUGACCCUGAAGACCUCAGUGCAGAGCAGAUGGACGGAGAGCAUGAGAGCAGAAACAGCAAAAACACUAAACAAGUGUUUCUGCUGGUGUCUUAGUACACUUGAAAUAAGACGAAAGUAACUUAUAAGCACCUUUCUGGCAAGACACAAGAACUUGCUUGAAGUAAAUUAUACUUUAAUGUUGAUCAGAACGCACUAGUGUUAGAUUAUUUAACUUAAAACACAAGAAGAUGUCUUGUUAUAAGUGAAAUAAUCAAUAUUAAGGAAUUAUUCCCUUAAAACAAUCUCCUGUAUCUUGCUGAGAAGUUACUUAUUAGUUAUUUGUGUCUUAUUUGGAGGUAUUUGCAGUGGAAACUGGAGCAAAAAUACCUGGAACAUUUUAGUGUUUCUUGCAGUUGAAGCCCUCAGGUGAAUUUACAAACUUUCGUCGUUUGCUUUGCUUUUCAAUCAUUUUUCUGCAGGUGUUCUGUUGCGUUUCUGCGACCCAGAAGUAUCUGAACAUCAACGCGGCGGCUUUAAAUCAGUAAUUAACGUAGAUGGUUUGACGCACAGCUGAUGGAAGAAACUAGAUCGUUUGAGGUUUUACUCAACGAUCAAAAUGGGUCUUUUGUGCUUUAUUCUUGUCAUCAACUCUCAAAAAUGUUUUGUACAUGUCUCAUUGAGAUCCAAGAUUUUAUUUACAAGAGAGACCUGCUUUGAUCGUUUUUAUUUUAUUAACAAUUGAAAAGUAGAAUGCAGUUAAGUUCCAUUUGAGAUGUAGUUGUCUACUACAUUUCAAGCUCAAAACGAGAGCCUGUUUCAUAAGACAUUUUUUUCUUUUUGUCUUAAAAGAAUCAGAGUGGAUAGCUCCAGGACGCUCCUGACCAAAAAGGAAAAUGCUUUUUUCCUAAAUUCUGGGUGGUGAUAACAGGACGUUAAAAGCUGUAUGUCUGAGUAUAACUGAGCUCCGAUGGGUUUCCUCUUACUGUGAAAGGUUGUGCUUCCUCCUGUGGUGCACGACGCAAUAAACAAAAACAACACUUUGCGCAUUUUGCUUCAGUCGUUCCAUGUUUGACGUUUAGCUCUCACUACGGUGUUCAACAGAAAUCUUACCAAGUAUUUUUGGUCUAGUUUCUAUUAAAGGUAUCUUAGUACACUUCAAAUAAGACAAAACUGAGUUAGAAAUACAUUUACUGAAAGAUAUGGGGGCUUGUUUAAAGUCAAUAAUUCCUUAAUAUUGAAGUAGAAGUUCUAGUUCCAAAGGCAGGUUUUUUCUCUUAUGAUGUAGGGGGAAAAAUUUAUUAUAAGUUAAAUAAUCUGCCUAUGGCACUAGCACUUUGAAAAAUCAAUAUUGAAAAAUAAUUAACUUAAAACAAGCUCCUAAAUCUUCCUGAAAAGUUACUUGUAAAUUAUACUAGUUCAAGUGUACUCAGAUGUUUGCACUAGAAACUAGACCAAAACUACAGGAACCACUUUAUUAAAGUAUGAUCAUUUUAGCACCUGUGAUGUUAGAAGGGAAAUAGAUACGUGGCCUUAUUUCUGUCAUAGUCCUGCAAGGGGGAAAUCUAUUUUUAUAUGACAACACAAGAACUUUGUCAUUUUGCAUGUUCAUGUGGCUCUGAUUCUGUUCAGUGUUUUCAUCCUGUCAAUUACUCUGGACGACAUUUGAUCGUUUUUGUUCUGACUUGUGCACUGUGCAGGGGUGUUCUUUAUUAUUUAUUUUUGUUGUUUUGUACAGCAUCAUUGAACGAACUGCCAGCAUGAUGACCCAAAAUAUGUAAAUAAGUGGAAAACAGUCUCUAGAGUAGGUUUGAGCAGCAUGUGCUUAAAACGUGCAUGCUUUAAUGUAAUGACCAACACUGCACCAUUUGAUUUAUUGGGUACAUUGUACAAGCAUGCUGAGCUUGUUGCACUGUGUAAACAUUCUGAAUUAAACCCACUAAGAAAUGUUG